GUCCUAUCGCCACCCGUCCCAAAAACGAUAGGGAGGAAUAAAUGAUUGGCCACAACCAGAGAUUCAGAAAACUGUAGAAAACUUUACUGCAGAUUUUAUGCAGCGGUAACACAGGAACAGUCUUUACAUAUGUACAGUCUAUGAGGAUCCUGACAGUUGGUUGGGACCUUGUGUGUAUAACCUCUGGAUAUUUAUUUACGCUGUUCCGCUGGAUUUAGGGGAUUGGUUUUAGGUCCAGCAGUCACGCAAGCUUUAGCAGGGAUUUGGUUUAGUAACUCACGGUUAGUAAAUUGCGGGAUUGUUAGGCUUUGGUCCAGGUUUUGCCUGGUAAGUCGCAUGGAUCUCCUCUCUCUGAUCGUCAGGAACCCAAGAGAUGCUGCUUGUUUUUCAGCUCAGGAGCAAGAGCGCAAGAGAAAGAGCGAGGAUUGGCUGGCAGCUCCCUUAUAUGGGCAGGGGCUGGCCUUGAGCUGAUUGGUUCAUCCCAACUGUCAGUCCUUUACACAAAGGAUUAUGGUAGUACAUGUGACUACCCACAUGACCUGGAAGGUCCUUUAGCAUACCAUAACAGUAGAAACAUUAGUCAUGUGACCUAAGGUCCUGCAGACACUAUAUAGAUCAAUACAUUACACUAAUUAUAUACAUGUAACACAUAAAAUUAAUGAAUGAAUAGGUGACUAGGGGUUAUCUCAGCAAGCGGACCCCAACAGUACCAAGGAACUCUGACUUUGGGGACCCAGCACACCAGUAACUGUGAAUGUCUUUACAAAUGAAUGAAAUCACCACGCAGGACCAAGAAUAUGCACCUCCAAAAUAUGAUGAAAUUAUCGGAAUUCCAAUGUGGAAUGUCAACACAGUUCUACCUACUGAACAUCCAUGGAAUGAAUAUACCCAGCCUCCCGCAUAUGAUACUCUUCCUGAUACACCAAUAUGGACCAUCCCACUUCCUGAUCCAAACAGGUCACUCAGUGCUCAGCAAUUGAAUGCAGACUCUCAGGUUCAUUUAUACUGCCCAGUAUCCUCACCUCAGUACCGGAGAACAAAUGCUGUACUUUCCCAAAACUAUGAAAUGUCGCUUUUUAGGUAUAGAUGUUGGAGAAGUCCACCAGCAAUUAUAGGGGUGUGGUUGCUGAUAGCUGCUUUUGUGCAGGUUGGGACAGGCACAGUAUUAGCAUUUAGUCAUUUUGCUAAAUAUUCCGACUCAUUGACCUAUGGAAUUCCUAUCUGGGCUCCGGUGUGUUACCUGUUUACAGGAGGUCUAUCCAUUACAGCUCAUUUCAAACCUUUCUUCUGCCACGUCCGAAACUUACUGUGCUCCAACAUAAUAACAAUCAUUAUCAGUUCCGUUGGGCUUGUGUUUAAUGUGAAGGAUCUGGAGGAGCUGUGGGAUAUGAUGUUAAAUCCUUCUUCAUCAUAUAUUUCCAGGGAUGACUUCAACAUUUAUUAUGUCCUUAUUGGUACAAACGUGGUUCUACUGUGUUUUUCUGUUUCUGCUGGUAUCUUUGGAUCAGCUGUUCUGUGCCGUUCACUAAGGAAGGAUCCCCAGGAAUCUGAAAUAGAGAAUGAUUUUAUACCUCAAAGACCUUUUUCAGAUUUGCCUGAAACAACAUUUUCUUCUCCACCACCUUAUACACCCCAAAUAGUCUAUAGUAGCAGAAUUACACAAUGAAAAAAUAAGGUCUCGUUCACACUGCAGACAUUCUGCUGGCAGAGUUUUCAGUGGGAUUCUGCUGCACUGUGCAUGCUGCGAAACGCCGCUGCAGAAUUCCGCCGAUGGAAUGCAUGUUCCGCAAAAGAAUGAACAUAGUAACUUCUAUUUGAUAUUGCUGCUGCUUUCCUUACAGGGUGCAUUCACACUAUAGAAUAGGAAUGGAGUAAAAAGACCUAAAGACCUUGUUGGCAGGCGCUCAGAAGUCCGUCAGUGGUAUCACACUUGAGUAUUGGCAACUUUAUUGAUGUACAGCAAUGACGCGUUUCGGGGUACACACUACCCCUUCUUCAGAUUGACAGAGUACAUACACAACAGCAAACAUAAGGGGUUUAUAUAAGUAUGUUCAUUAACAAACAAAAUGGAGGACAGUGCAAAGGGAAUAGGUCACACUUGAGGAAAUCAGCAUAUUAUGGUCAGUAAUAACAUAAAACAGAUAAGGAUGCAUCUGAAGUCAGUGGAUAAACAGAGCUC